AUGGCGAAUGAAAUGGAGAAGAAUGUUGUUGGAGAUGCUAGUAUCGUGGUGAAUGAAGAUAAUAAAGGACGGGACGAGAUUCGUCAUGGUGCAAGCAAGGGACAUUGUAAGUCCAAGGAUAUGUGGGGAUCCUUAUAUAAGAGAAUUUCCGAAGUGGAGACUUCCUUAGAGAUGUUGUGUGAUCAAUUUGAAGAUGCACAUCAACAAGUGGGGGUGAUAGCAUCGGAUAAUGAUGUAAUGCAAGACAAUGUGAAAGGAGCGAUCAACAAACUUGGUGGGGUAUUAAUGCAAGAUGGGCACACGAUCGCAUACAAGAGUCGAAAAUUGAACGAGGUGGAGAAACUUUACACGAUGCAAGAAAAGGAGAUGGCCGCUAUCAUCCACUGGUUACGAGUAUGGAGACACUAUUUACUCGGUGCCAAAUUUGUGAUCAAGACGGAUAAUAUUGCGACAAGCUAUUUCAAAUACAAAAGAAGUUGA